UGGAACGAGACAUUUAUGAGAAGAACUGCAUCCCAUGAUCAACGAAGAUCAAGGACCCGUCCUGGAUCUGUCCGACGUCGUCCAUGACGAGACAAUAGCCUCCGGCGAAGACGUCCUCGGUCAAAAUGACAUCCCUAUAGACCCAACACUUUUGGAACUACAUGAUCCUACGCCCGAUCAUCACGUAUCCUCGCCCUUGGACGAAAGUCCGUCGUCCUCGUAUAACCUCGUGGCAAACCUGGAACGCGAAAUCGCCAACAUCCUUCAGCAGAAUGCGCUGGAUGCGUCUACGGCACUGAUGCAAGCGGCCGAACAGCAACGACGAGCUGACGAAGAGAAGCGCCGCCAACAGAAUGCUAUAGCCACAAAUAACUCUGCCUCGUUGCCUGCGGCUGAUAGAGACGACGACGGCGUCGCGCUGAAUCUUUCUGGGCUCGCUGCCUUCUUAGAGGCUGCCCAGGCAAGUGGGCAGUCAGGAGAACAGGCGCGUUCCGACUUGUCUCUGCGCCAUCGUGGGCAUGAAUACGGAAGCAACCACGCGAGCACACGCGCGGCCCCUGCCUUCCACUCUCUCAACGCAGACCGUGCGGAAGACCCAUCUAAUCGCCCCACAUCGCCACCGAGGUAUCCCGAAAUAUCCUUGUCGGACUUUUUGUACGGGCAUGCGAGCCAAGCGAGCAGCAGUGGCGGUGACCCAAUUGGCAGUUCGAGCGGUGGCUCCCCGACUCACUCGGGACCUUUAAGCUCAAUCGCGUCUCCCCCAAUAGACGAUUUCCCCGAACUUGGCGACAUCCUCCAUGACCUGUCGGAUUUUGAUCAUCACCCCAGUGACCACGGGGACCUUAGUGACCCAGCCAAUGAUCCUGUGCAGGCUGCGCCACAGUCCAUUGUAAUUGCCCCGUAUAACGCCACCUCUCCGUCCCAAAUCCCUCUGCCACUCAGCCCUAGAGCACUCAGUGAGGUUCCACAAAGUCCUCCGACAGCGUCUUCAUCUUCUGGUCCUGGAGCCGCUGCGGGUGCAAAUAAGGGUAAGAAAAGUCAUGAUAAGCUCCAAGAACCUGCACCGAAAGAGCACCUAUGUGAUGAGUGCGGGAAGAUUUUCACAAGGCGUAGCGACCUUGCUCGCCAUGUACGCAUACAUACGGGCGAACGGCCAUUUCCCUGUCCUGAACCCGGCUGUGGCAAGAGUUUUAUUCAGCGUUCUGCCCUGCAAGUACAUCAGCGAGUGCACUCCGGAGAGAGGCCCCAUGUCUGUGAAUAUCCGGGCUGCGCGAAAACUUUCGGCGAUUCCAGCAGUUUAGCUCGACAUCGCAGGACGCACACGGGCAAGCGACCAUACAAGUGUGAGGACCCGGCUUGUGACAAGACGUUUACGAGACGUACGGGUCUUACUGCUCAUAUGAAGACCCACGAUCCAACGUGGGAAUCAGACCCUAACAUUAAAUACAGUUUCAAGCCCAAGAAACCAAAACUCGACCCGUCCGCCCCUGGCGCGUAUCUGGUAGAGUCUGUUCGCGCGGUUCAUACCCUGCUGCAACAACCGGGAGACGGCAGCGAUGGGUCGGCGUCGCUUUCUCCUACGAGUGACACUUCGCUAGAACCACGUGUGAUGGCAUCCAUCAGUGCAGAAAUUGCCGCGGCGCUGGCGCAGGCACAAGCACGGGCAUUCGAGGACGAUGAGGACGACGAGUACGAGUCUGGGUCCGACUUGGGGCAUGCAGAAGGCAGCGGAAUCGGACCCAAGACAAGCGGGAUUCGAGGGGAGAGCGGGCGAGAUCCGGGCCGGUCGUCAGCAGAGGGCGAGCGUGAGGGGCUGUUGCCGACCGUGGACGAGGAAGAUGAGGACGAGUUCCCGAUACCAUUGCGCACCCGGAAGGGGAAGGAACCAGUGGGGGUCGUUGGCAUGAAACGAAAGCGAUGACUUAUGAUACUGUAUCCUUAUGGUCCUAAGUUAUUGUACGCGUAGAUAAUGCCUAAGUCCGUAAUAAUACUUUCUUGCUUGGUGGU